AUGACCAAACGACCUCCCCGUGUCCCCUGUCCAGCGCCCUGUCGAUGCCCGAACUCGACCGCCCUCCCCAUCAGCGAGCAGCAGCGGGAGAAGAGCAGAAACCGGGAGAGAAAAUACUCCAACAGUCUGGAGCCGGAGCAGCGUCUCCCGUCAGAGCUCAUCUGUGUUUCAGGCUUUCCCAGCUCACAGAGAGAAGAUUCCAGAACAUCAAUGAUUCCUAUGACUUCAGAUUACUGCGGACAGAGACCUGUCUAA